CAAAAGAGAGAAUCAAAAAAUGGAGAAGUACGAGAAGCUGGAGAAAGUAGGGGAAGGGACGUACGGGAAGGUGUACAAGGCGCAGGACAAGACGACGGGACAACUGGUCGCCCUCAAGAAAACCCGCCUCGAGAUGGACGAGGAAGGCGUGCCCCCCACCGCCCUUCGCGAGGUUUCCCUUCUUCAGAUGCUCUCUCAGUCCCUUUAUGUCGUCCGUUUGCUCUGCGUCGAGCAUGUUGACAAGAACGGGAAGCCACUCCUCUACUUGGUCUUCGAGUAUCUCGACACCGAUUUGAAGAAGUUCAUUGAUUCUCACCGCAGGGGACCCAAUCCCAGGCCACUUCCCCCUUCCGUCAUUCAGAGCUUUUUGUAUCAAUUGUGCAAAGGGGUUGCUCACUGUCACAGCCAUGGUGUUCUUCACAGAGAUUUGAAACCCCAAAAUCUUCUGGUUGACAAAGAGAAGGGUAUACUGAAGAUUGCAGAUCUUGGCCUGGGAAGGGCAUUCACUGUCCCUCUUAAGAGCUACACACACGAGAUUGUUACUCUCUGGUACAGAGCGCCAGAAGUGCUCUUGGGAUCUACCCACUACUCAAUCGGCGUGGAUAUGUGGUCCGUUGGAUGCAUAUUUGCUGAAAUGGUACGAAGACAAGCUUUAUUUCCUGGUGACUCAGAGUUGCAGCAAUUGCUCCAUAUAUUCAGAUUGUUGGGAACACCAACUGAGGAGCAAUGGCCAGGGGUAAGUGGUUUGAGGGAUUGGCAUGAAUAUCCGCAGUGGAAACCUCAAAACUUGGCACGUGCUGUUCCAUCAUUAGAACCUGAUGGUGUUGACCUCUUAUCGAAGAUGCUCCAAUAUGAUCCGGCAAACAGGAUUUCAGCUAAGGCAGCACUGGAUCACCCUUACUUUGACAGCUUGGACAAAUCUCAAUUUUAGUUGUCUACUUUG